AUGGAGUGUCCCUUGUCUCUUUGCAUCUGCCCUGUACUGAAGUGCAAUUACAAUGGCAUAUACAAGCAUCUAUACAGUCAUUUGGAUAUUCACAAUCACGAAAACAUCGGAAAAUAUUAUUUUCCGUUUGCUCUUGGCAAGGUUAUAAGAUUAUACGUUGACUUAAGUGAGACAGCUUUAACGGUUAUGAAGGAAAAGAACGAAGGUCUACUGUUUGCUGUUCAUCGUGUAAGUAAGGCAAAUGGUGUUGUGACUGUCGGCUGUAUUGCUCCUUCUUUAUUGGAAGUUACUGAGUUCUUCUAUGAUAUAUCUACAACUGUUGAAAAACGUACUAUUGAAAUUAAACCUAUGAAGGUCAAGAAUAUUCGAAAAUUGAAUUCUAAAAUUCCUAAAGAGAAUUUCAUGUUGGUUCCUUCCUAUUUCAUGUGUGAAGGCCGAUGGUUCAUGUUGAAGAUAUGUGUCAGCAAGGUAAACCAAGAGAAAGAAUGUUGUGAGAUUUAA